AUGAACAUCCAUCGCCUGCAGCUGAUCUCAUUCUGCGCUUAGAUCUGUAUUCAGCGUCGCAUGACGCAAAGUGACCGCGAAGCACGGCUGGCUUGGUCUCCCGUCUCUGUCAUGGCACCUCCCAUAAUCUUUUCCACCUCCUUGGUGCUGGACGCUGGUACGCCAUCCUGCAUUAUAUCAGUUUCACUCGUUGGAUGCGAUGCAUUUGCUCACGAUAAAGUUACCUCAUGCAGAGCUAAUUCUGGGAUCAGGCAUCCCAAGUCUAGUUCAACUGCUUGGGAUAGAAUAAUGGUGUCAUUUCUAUCAUUCACUGCGCAAAUCGCGUAACAGGCACUGUAGAUAGUGUUGUACUUUCCUCAUUUCUUCGGUGUCCUCGGAAAUA